AUGUACUGGGCCUGCGCAAUAGACCUCUCCCGGCUCCAGCCUCUUCCAACUGGCUGCAGGUUACGAGAAGGCGAAGAAACGCGAAUGGGGCGGGGCUGGGGAGGGGCCAAAGUCGGCGGGGAGCGAAGAGGGGAGGGGCCAAGGGGGCGGGACCAGGGGGAGGGGUCCAAAAGGGGAGGGUCCAAAGAAGGAGGGUUCCAAGGGGAGACAGGCCUAAGAGGGGCCGGAGGCCACAGUCCCCAGGCCGAAUACCGAGACCUGGAGGAACUAGCAGAGGCUUCACCAGGAUUUCUGGCGCUGCGCCACGCAAAGAACUACCGGAUUGUGCAACUGGUGGAGGAUUGGCGCCCCCAAGGACUCGCGAGGUCCAGAGGAAGGGAAGCGGUCUUUUCCCUUCAAUCAUUGGAUACGUUACCACAGAAUCAAUUACAGGAGUCACUAAAGGGCUAGGAAUUACUACAGAGUAAAAAUGAAGAGCUUUUAAAAGUGAUAGAAAAUCAGAAAGGUGGAAACAAAAAAUUUGCUGAUAUAUUUAAAGAGAAAGAUCAAACUAUACUUGAAAAUAAACACCAAUUUGACAUUGAAACAACUAGAGUUAAAAUUGAAUUGGAGGAAGCCUUAGUCAAUGUGAGGAGCUGCCAGUUUAAGUUAGCAGCUACUGAAAAGGAAAAUCAGAUAUUGGGAGUAACAUUACGUCAGCAUGAUGCCGAGGAGACUCGACUGAGAGACUUAACGAGAACUUUACAGAGCAGUAUGGCAAAGCUUCUCUCAGAUCUUAGUAUGGACACUGCUCGCUGCAAGCCUGGGAAUAAUCUUACCAAAUCACUUCUGAACAUUUAUGAAAAACAACCUCAGCAUGACCCGAUCCCUGCUCAAAUUUCCAUAAUGAGCUACCUAAACAAGUUAGGCACAGAUCCCUCUUUUACAGAGCCACUUUCUGAAACCAACAGUGAGGAGAACGUAGUGCCAGACAGGCCCUGUGAAAACGCUCUGCCUUCCAAAGGCCCUCAACAUGGGGACCCCAGGAGUGUGGAGGAAGCAUCGGCCCCUGGAAUCAUUUGUACCCUUCCAAAACAGGAUUCUGAUGAGGAGAGCAAAAUUAUGACUUUAAUAGAAGGCAACUGCAAUCUGGAUAAUACAAUUUAUAUUUCGUUUGCCAGAAGUACUUCUAAAAGGAAAUCACCGCUAUCUAAGAGAUUAUCCCCCCAGCCACAGGUCAGUGUAAGUCCACCACCGCUGCCCAGCAGCAGUGCACCUGUCUCAGAAAAAGAAAGUAGAUCGUGUGCACCUGGAGUUUGUUCUUCUUCCAAAAAGGAAGCAGAAGAUGCACGUGAGAAACUUCCCACAACAGCUGAAAUGGAGGACAAGCGGCUCCUCAAGGUAAUAAAGGAAGCCAUCUGCAAGAUCUCUGCUGCCACUGCAGGGCCACAGGAGCCGGCCGCAUGUCACGGCCCCUCCACUCGUCAGAGCGGCAGCUUUCAAGUGAACAGUAGUACUGUCUGUGAUGGUAGCUUUUUAAACUCAGACUUGACGUCUGACUGGAGCAUCUCUUCUUUUUCAACGUUCACUUCUCGUGAUGAACAAGACUUCCGAAAUGGCCUUGCAGCACUGGAUGCCAACAUCGCGAGGCUCCAGGAAUCCUUAAGGUCCGGUGUUCUAGAGAAGUGAGCUCAGGAGAAGAAAAAUGAGCAUCUGUUUUUAAGAAUAGAACUUGCAUACAUUGACUACAUAUUUUAAAUUUUUGUAUAGAGGAAUGAUGUUCUAUA